CAGGCCCCAAAACAAAGUGUGGCUUGUACCUUCUCCUGUUUCCUGUUCCCCAGACCAAACGUCAUUGUUUACAGCCCCUCUAUUGCUCCCGCUCCUUCCUCAGCCGCACUUCACGUGUCAGUGCUCUGCAUCUCCACGUUCACACUCACAUCGCGUGAGCCCUUCGAUUUAUCCAGGCUGGCGACUUUGUCCCCUGAUCCGUCGCCAUGAGCGGCAUGCGUGCGCACCUCGCAAGCCGUCUUCGUAGUUCGUCGCUUUCCGCUGUCCCUCCACCACGCCAGAGCUCAGAUUAUUCAGUCGACUUGGCCAAGGCCGCUGCUUCCAUCCUUUACCGCAGCCCCAUUCCCUCCAAGGAAGGAAGGCCCGUGUUCAUACUCAAUGCUGCUGCUCUCCCCGACACCCACGACACCGACUUUGAUCAGCUUCUUCCCUACGUGCUUGCACGUCUGCCCGAGGAGGAUGAUCUGCUGAAGGGAUUCGAAUACGAGGUGAUCUUCUUUGCAGGCGACGGCGAUGGCUCGGUUACGUCGAAGAAGCACAGGCCGGGUUGGGGCUGGUUCCUCCAGGCGUACCAUGUGCUGUCUCGGGCCAUGCGAAAGAGGUUGCAGCGACUCUAUAUCGUACAUGAGAAAGCAUGGGUACGCAUCUUGACCGAGAUCUUCUCAACGAUUGUCAGCCCCAAGUUCAGGAGGAAGAUCUACCACGCCUCCAGCCUGACCCAGCUUGCGCUCUAUAUUCCUAUCGAGAACCUCCUCAUACCGCCCUCGACAUACCUCACCGAUCGCCGCAUAUCUGAUGACAUCUUCGCCCCGUACGCCAGCGGGCGUCGUGCGUUUGCUGCACGCGACCCAUUCCCUUUCACCAAUAAAGGCACUACGCGCUUCCCACGGGUGCUACGCGAGACGACCAGCUUCAUACUCAUGGAGGAGAACAUCACUUCUGAGGGCCUGUUCCGAAUUCCAGCUCACUCCAAGCUGAGAGAGGUACUAAAGGAGGCAUACGAUCGCGGUCAGAAGUUCAUCAUGUGGAAGGACAACGGUGUAUCGCUGCCAGUCCCAACAUACCCUGAAGCAGAGCAUCAGGAUGAGAUCUUGGCAGAGAUUGACGCCAGAGAUGCCUACUCCGUGUUCAUGGCAGCUGCGAUGAUCAAGGCGUGGUACGCUAGUUUGAGACAGCCUGUUUUCCCCUCAGAAUCCUACCGAGACCUGAAGCGGUUGUUCGGGAACUCGCAGCAGAUCCCGGACCUCGAUCAGCUUCGCGAUCUGUUCUCGCCCGCCUCUGAGUGGUCCUUUUUGCCUGCCAUCUCAAGGGAAAUUGUAGUGAGACACCUCUUGCCGCUCCUCCACGAGGUGGCAUCGCGUCAAGAGCAGAACAAGAUGACGGCUGAAAAUCUUGCUGUUUGCUUUGCGCCAGCGCUACUCUGUGGGCCAGACCAGAUUGAGGAUGCUAAGAUGUCUUCUAUCAUCCGACGUAUUUUUACGCAUGCCGUCGACAUGUGGGGUCAUGGCCUUCGAGAAGCGUGUGGCCAAGAAGCGGCUACCUUCAAAGCACAGCUGGAGUUGCCCAGUAAUAUGAGCGAGUGGGACGAUCCCGUCGAGGUCAGCAAAGGGGACGACAGGGACUCCAUUGACGAGCAGAUGAGUGGAAUUACCUUGCAAGAUAAUGAAAAGGCGCCUGAAGUAUACACGGACUAUACAGAGGCCACAUCGUCGGCGACGAGACCCCCUCCUUUACCCCCGCGAUCGCGCAUCCCAUCUGCGAAGUCUUCUGGCGAUUCUGUGCAGAGAAAACCAGCACCUCCUUUAGCAGUACCUCCCCGAUACUCGACGGUGAUCUCAGAUGCACCUGAAGACGUUGCUGAAUCGCCCAUAACGUACGCAGCGACCACGGAUGGCUUCUCGCCGCGACGAAACGAGUUUGAUCAAGGGCAACGAGCCACUUUUCCUGAUGAGAAGAAGUCUGGUACGGCAGCUAAACCUCCUAUCCCUGCUCCUUCGUCUUUUGAAAAGGACGCGAAGCCGGCUACACCGGCUGCUCCUGCUUCUGCUCCUGCUCCUCAAAUCAUUCUCCCUAAGAGGAAAGCCCUGACAGCAGCGCAGGUUGACAACGUGGAGAAAUCCACGGACAAGCAGAACGAUGCGCGUAGAAUCUCUGAGUAUGGUCUCGAUCGCUUCUUUCCGCAGGGUCAGGCGUUGCCUGGUCUUACCGAUUUACCUGGAAUCGACACAUCGAGCGAUAAGAGAAAGUGGAUGAGUCCUACCUGGCACACACGAAGCGAGACCACUUCACCCAGUACCUCGCUCUCACCCACACAACUAGAUCACAAACCUGCGUCAGCGACCGAUACUCGCAGGCCCAGUGUUCCCUUUGCCAACCGAGCACCACAGAUCACAGGCCUCGCACGACCAGUCUAUCCCACGCCAACAACAAACACAAAUGUCCACCCUGUGACCGGUCGCCCUUCUUCAAAGUCUACCAGCCUUCCCGUCCAUGCGUCAAAGCCCAGAACGGUGAGCCCGGGGCUACUGAAACGCAUGCCCAGCCUGGAACAGACCAACAGACCUGAACCCGAGCGCUUGGGACCGCGAAAGCUGAACUUGAAGAAAGCGUCUGUAGAGGACCUAAGGAAGCUGUUUGAGGAUAGGGCAGGGACGGCGAACGUGUUGGUUGAGGUCGGCAGGCAGAGGAGUCUCAGUGUCAGCCCCAGUAUACGCGAGUGAACCAAGCCUGAUUAUGGUUUUGAGCGAACAAGCAAUUUCUUGGAUACCCUUAGCUGAGCAUAUGUAAUUGGUAAUCGUAGACUUAU